AAGGGGCUCCUCUCCGCUUCCCGCUCGCUCUCCGCUGCCGUGCGCCCCGACAGCCCCGCAGCGCUGCCCGCGCUCCUGCCCCGGCAAACAGGUGGGCAAAGCCCCAGCCCGCGCUGAAACGGCACAUGAGCCGCGCUCAAAGCGCGCGCGGCUUCUUUCGGGCUCGUUUCGCCCUUCUUACCCCACACCUGAAGCUGCCCCCGAGCACACCGGGAGCAAAGAAUCUCCGUUUGGGGCUUUGGGGGGCCGGGGGGGGAUUUUCCAGCUUUGCUACGGUUCAGCAUCCCGCUGGAGCUCGCGCUGGCUCACGGAGUUAAACCCAGCGCUAACAAAGAGCUGUUUAUUAAAGCCAGCGACGCGCCAGCAUCUAUUUGCUUUUGCCUCCCUUCCUCUGGGCUCGGGGUAUUCCAGAGCUGCCAGCACAGCCCGGCUCAUCCUCCCCGGCAGCCAGGGACCCCCGAACCUGCUCCCGGGGAAGCAGAGGACAGCGAGGGCAUUGCUUGGGCUGCUGUGUUUGUCCUCUCUUAACCCUCAGCAGCUCUUCGGAAACGGGUAUCAUUCCACAGUGCAAUUAUGGAAAGGGAGAAAGAAACCCCUUCGACCAGGUGGGACAGAGCCCACCACCUCCGCUCGCUUUCCCGGAAUUCCACAGCCCCCAGCCCGGUCCCUGUGCACUCUCUCCUCACUGCGCUCUCCAGAUUUCUGAGCUCUGGGAACGGCUUAGCUCUUUUUCCUCGGUUUCAAGUCAAUUCCGCAGGAAUCCCAUAAUAACGGUGCCCGUCUCCGGCAUGAGUCAGUCCCGUGGGAGCGAUCAGUUUGCAGGCAGGAGUCCCACCAGUGUUCCUGGCCCCGGCAGAGCUCACAAGACAGCUGUUUUCCUCUUCUUUUGUCAUGUGGAAGUGGGACAGCGCUGGAGCUCCUGCAAGAUGAAACAUGAGUUAUAGCAUCUCUCCCACAAAGCGAUCCCAGCCCUGCCUGGAGCGCAGGCCUAGGUGGAAAAAACUGGAUCUGGGUAAAUGCGGGGAAAAAUACAAAGUCAGGGUGCUCAGGGAACAUCGGAUGCUGCGGAGCUCCCGUGCCAGCCUCCUCCCAUGGGCAGCAGGUUGGCUCCUGGGAGGAGUGGCAGCACAGGGAGGUCCCCAUCCCUGUCCCUGUCCCUGUUCCCGCAGAGCUGCCUCAGCAGGCAGCAGCUCCUGGCUGCCAUCCGGCAGAUGCAGCAGCUGCUGAAGGGGCAGGAGACGCGGUUCUCUGAAGGGCUGCGCACUGUGAGGAGCCGCCUCAGCACCAUCCAUGCCUCCCUGGCCAAGGCCACCCCGGAGCCGCCUGUUGCUGCCUGUCCUGCCCUCCAAGCCCCUGUGGAUGGGAGGAAGUUUGGCACCAAAUAUUUGGUGGAUCAUGAGAUUCACUUUGCCUGUGAUCCAGGAUUCCAGCUCCUGGGCUCCAGCACACGGAUAUGCCAGGCCAACGGCAGCUGGACAGGCCAGGAGGCCCACUGUGCAGAGAUCAGCGAGUGCUCAAGCAGCCCCUGCCAGAAUGGCGGGACGUGCCUGGAGGGUCUCAACCACUUCAAAUGCCUCUGCCCGCCGCAGUGGACCGGAAUCACCUGCCAGUACCAGGUUCAGACUGUUCCUCCCACCUGGAGCGUGACGGAUGACCCGGCCUUCAGCCGGCAGCCUCGCUGUGCCCAGAUCGCCCAGACCCAGCAGUGCAGCUGCGAUCCCGGCUUCCACAUGAGCGGCACAGCUUCCAACGGGAUCUGCCGGGACCUCAACGAGUGCGAGGUGUACCAGCAGCAAGGGGGACCCCGGCUCUGUGCCCACGCCUGUGUCAACAUUCCCGGCUCCUUCCACUGCUCCUGCCCCGCCGGAUACAUCCUGCUGGGCGACGGCAAGAGCUGCGAAGAUAUUGAUGAGUGCUCCCUAUCCCAGGAUAACUGCACAAGCGGGAGCACCUGCAUCAACACCGGGGGAGGAUUCCAGUGUGUCACCCCACAGUGUCCCUCGGCUGCUGGCAACAUCUCCUACGUCAAAACCUCCCCCUUCCAGUGCGAGCGCAACCCGUGCCCCAUGGAGAGUCGCUCGUGCCACCAGGCCCCCAAAACCAUCUCCUUCCACUACCUCCCUCUUCCCUCCAAGCUCCAGACGCCGGCACCGCUGUUCCGCAUGGCCACGGCGGUGGCUCCCGGGCGGCCGGGCCCCGACAGCCUCCGCUUUGGCAUCGCGGGCGGGAACAACCGCGGGCACUUUGUGGUGCAGCGCUCGGACCGGCACACCGGGGAGCUGCUGCUGGUGCAGAGCCUGCAGGGGCCCCGCACCAUCCACGUGGACGUGGACAUGACUGAGUACCUGGAUCGGGUGUUCCAGGCCAAGCACCUGUCCAAAAUCACUCUCUUUGUCUCGGCUUAUGAGUUUUAGGGGUGGCUCCUGCCCCCUGCUCAGCAUCCCACCGCUCCCAGGGAAAGACAGGGCUGGGGCUGCUCUACAGCCAUCCAGCCUCCCCUCUGUCCCAAAGUUCUUAUUCCCAUGUGGAUUUACACCUGUCUAGGUGGAUUUACACCACCAGAUGAGGUGGACAAGCAGUGGAAGCCCUAUCCUCAUCCCCGCUCCAGAGAGAUGAUGUCCUACAACAGCAGAUGGAAACCACAGCCCUGAUUUCCUUUGACUUCCCAUUUUUUCCUUUAGGAAGCAGUGAAGCCAAGUGUGUGGGGAGAGGGAGGCUCAUGGCCUUUCCUGCUCCUCUCCCUUGUUGCACCCAGUCCUGCUCCCUAAAAACAUAUUUCUACUUCCCUUUGGAUGCUGAGAAUCCCCCUGGCAGCCUGUAGGGAUUGAGGUCUGGUGCCUCAGUCCCAUGGGAUUGAUCAGGGCUGGAACACUCUAUGAACAUCCAGCUGGGUGCCCUCCUUGGCAAGCGGGACAAAGGAGGAAUUACAGGGCUAUCCUUCCUCAAACCUCUCAAAUGGGGAUCCCCCAUGGAUCCUCCUCACAGCAGAGCUUCAGCUGCAUGUGGAGGCGAGAAUAUUCCCUGCUCCAUCAGUCAGAGCCUCCAGCCUGGCAUAGGAAUGCUGGGAAGAGCUGGGAUUGAGCUUUUCCCAGGGGAAUUCACCCUCCUGCUUGUGCAUGUUCUGCAUGUCCCCUCAUCCCAUUGGAUCAAGUACAAUUAAAGGAUGAUGUAAAGGA